AUGCCCCUCCGCGGCCCCGUCCCCGUCCACCACCAGACCCGCGAGAACAGCGAGAAGGUGCAGGUCGGGCCGACGACCAUCUACAUCUUCGAGGACGGCACGCACACGGACAACAGGAUCGGCUGCAUGCUGCUGGAGCUGCCGGCCGGCGCCAGCGGUCCCCCCAUGCACUGGCACCGCUUCCAUGACGAGUGCUUCUUCGUGACUAAGGGCCGGGUCACGUUCGUGACGCCGGAUAAGGACGUGACCGUGGGUGCUGGUGAGCUGAUGACGGUGCCGCCGAGGGCCAUUCACACUUUUAAGAACGCGAGCGAGACGGAGCCGGCCGAGUUCUUCAUGACCGCCACGCCAGGCUAUUAUAUGGACUAUUUCCGCAUGAUGGACAAGGUGACGCAUUCUGGUGAGAAGUUGACCAAGGAGCAGACCCAGCAUAUUAUGGAGCUUUUUGGCACGUUCCCACCUGACACGGAAUCGGAGCCUUGA